GUGGAGAGGGCUAUUCCCGCCCUGCCAGGGGGAGGGAGUCAUGGGGGACCAGGCCAGCUCCCCGGGAGCCCCCUUCCUGGUGGGGCAGCUGGGGUUCUGAGUGGCCGCUGCCCGUUGCCAGGAGCAGAGAGAGAGGUCACUGUCACCCCAGGCUCCCUGCGGGCACGAGAUGGGAUGGCUGAGCUGGGGAGAUGGGGUGGUCGGAGAGGCCCCUGGAGGCCGGAGAGGGCAGCGGGAGGAGGCCAGGAGCUGAGGAGCCGCCCUAGGAGGGAGGGAGAGGGAGCGGCCUGCCUUCCUGCCUGCUUGCCGGAGAGCUCUGGUGCGCAGAGCUCUGGGGCGGCGCGUGCAGCCGGCAGCAGGCUAUGGGGGCCUGGAGCCCCAAGCCGAGUGGCCCCACCCCCGGCACCUGACAUGAGUCUCUGCGGGCCCCUCAACCUGAGCCUGGCAGGCGAGGCGACCAUGUGUGCGGAGCCCGGGGCCCCCAACGCGUCGGCCGGGCCGCCGGCCGGGCGGGCGGGCGCCUCGCCGGCGCUGCCCAUCUUCUCCAUGACGCUGGGCGCCGUGUCCAACGUGCUGGCGCUGGCGCUGCUGGCGCAGGCCGCGGGCCGCCUGCGGCGCCGCCGCUCGGCUGCCACCUUCCUGCUGUUCGUCGCCAGCCUUCUGGCCACCGACCUGGCGGGCCACGUCAUCCCCGGAGCCCUGGUGCUGCGCCUGUACGCGGCGGGCCGCUCGCCGGCCGGCGGCGCCUGCCACUUCCUGGGCGGCUGCAUGGUGUUCUUCGGCCUGUGCCCGCUGCUGCUGGGCUGCGGCAUGGCCGUGGAGCGCUGCGUGGGCGUCACGCGGCCGCUACUGCACGCGGCGCGCGUCUCGGCGGCCCGCGCGCGCCUGGCGCUGGCCGCGCUGGCCGCCGUGGCUUUGGCGGUGGCGCUGCUGCCGCUGGCGCGAGUGGGCCGCUACGAGCUGCAGUACCCGGGCACGUGGUGCUUCAUCGGCCUGGGCCCGGCGGGCGGCUGGCGCCAGGCGCUGCUCCCCGGCCUCUUCGCCGGCCUCGGUCUGGCCGCUCUGCUCGCCGCGCUCGUGUGCAACACGCUCAGCGGCCUGGCCUUGCUGCGCGCCCGCUGGCGCCGCCGCUCUCGACGGCGUCCUCCGGCGAGUGGCCCCGACAGCCGCCGUCGCUGGGGGGCGCGCGCGCCCCGCUCGGCCUCCGCCUCGUCCGCCUCGUCCGUAGCUUCGGCCGCCGGCGGCUCCCCGGGCCGCGGCUCAGCGCGCAGAGCCCGCGCUCACGAUGUGGAGAUGGUGGGCCAGCUCGUGGGCAUCAUGGCGGUGUCGUGCAUCUGCUGGAGCCCGCUGCUGGUGUUAGUGGUGCUGGCUGUCGGGGGCUGGGGCUCCGGCUCCCUGCAGCGGCCGCUGUUUUUGGCUGUGCGCCUCGCUUCGUGGAACCAGAUCCUGGACCCCUGGGUGUACAUCCUGCUGCGCCAGGCCGUGCUGCGCCAACUGCUUCGCCUCCUGCCCCCGAGGGCCGGCGCCAAGGGCAGCCCUGCAGGGCUGGGCCUAACCAAGAGCGCCUGGGAGGCCAGCUCGCUGCGCAGCUCCAGGCACAGUAGCCUCAGCCACCUCUAGGCGCGCCAACAGCCCCAGCGGCUGAGUCAGACCAUCCCGGGCCGGGCCCAGGUGGGGCCGCAGCACUGAGCCCUCGGGGGAAUAAAGCCAUGUUGCGGACAUGCGCAGGGCAUGUGUCCGGUCGGGGCUGCAGCGCCCCUGUGACCGCGCGGGGGUGACAGAGGCGCCCCAUGAACCUUCGGGGUGUGCAGUUCUGGGACCUGCCAGGCAGAGGCGCAGACACGCCAGACGCGGAGUUAGAGCUGCCGGAGCAUGCGCAGAAAGCCACGGCCGCAGCCCGAGGGCCCGGGCUCCCGUCUGGAGCAGAGCGGCUGGCCGACCCAGAGCCGCCAGGGGCGCUUUUUGUCCUGCCACCGCCCAGACUGACCCCAGCAACAAUUCUCUCAUUGUGACCCUGAGCUCCCCCAACACAUCCUCAAGGCCCUACCCCCAAUCCACGCCCCAUCAGGGCCUCCAAACUCCAAAAUCCCUAAACACAGCUCCGAGCCAUGUCUGUCCCAUCCCAGCCAACGCACGAUCCCCACUAUAAUAGCCCAGAGUCCCCACCUUCCCUUAACCCUCAUCAAGCGAGCCCCAUGCAAACUCAGGGCAUCUCCCC